AUGACCUCCAAACCUACAUUGAUCAUAUACGGUGCUACUUCAUUCACCGCUCGAAACCUCUUAUCCUACCUCGAUACACACCCCGAAGGAGAUUCCUUUGAAUUCAUCUUAUCUGGACGAAAUCAACAGAAGUUGGAAAUUGCCAAUGGGAAAUUACAAAGACCCCGAGAGGUGGUAAGUUGUCAGUUGGAUGAUGAAGAUGGUGUGAAAAAGUUGGUAGAGAAAGGUCAAGUGAUAGUUAAUCUUGCUGGUCCAUUCAGAUGGCAUAACGCGGAAGCUCUGAUAAGAGAAUGUUGUAGAACCGGCAAACAUUAUAUCGAUCUAUGUGGAGAAUCAUCCUGGUUAGCAACGGAUAUCAUCCCAAAAUAUGAUAGUCUUGCCAAACAAACAGGGGCAAUCAUCGUUCCUUCCUGUGGAUUCGAUUCGAUUCCUUCUGACCUUUCACUUUGGCUUGCACACAAGACUCUUCAAAGUCAACAUCCUCAUCUGACUAUCCAAAACUCAACCUCGUUUUUCAAAAUGAAAGGUGGUUCCAUGUCCGGCGGGACCAUACAAAGUAUGCAUUCUCUCGCUGAAUUACCAAAGGAUAAGAGAAGGUCAGGGGAGUACGAUUGUGUGCCUAAUGAUGGUACAAUCGUCAAAUCAACUUCACCCGUCAAACUCUUAUAUUCACUCCCUGAUCCCACAGAGCAGAGGAAAACACGAUACGGUUCAUUCUUCUUCAUGUACCCUUAUAAUCGAACUAUCGUCAGACGAUCGCAGUAUCUCUCCACGACUGGUGCUGGAAUAAGGUACGGCGAGAAGAUGGAUUAUGCCGAGUCGAUGGACAUUGGAAGAGGAUGGAUUGGAUCAACUAUCUUUAGUUUAGUCUUAACAAUUACAUUUGGGUUAUUCUUCUUAUCCAGUUUCGUGAGGAAAUUGUCGAAUUAUGUAUUACCGAAAGCUGGAGAAGGCGUAUCAGACGAAAAACUAUUCAAAGCUUCAUACGUCGUCGAUAACCUUUCCAUAUCUACUCCUUCGACUGAUGGUCAGACUGUGAAAGUAUGGACAAAGUUCAAAGCGGACGGUGACCCAGGAUACUUAAGCACAUGUUACUUAUUGGCAGAAUCCGGUUUAUCGAUCCUCCUCAACCUCCAAUCCUUACCUCCCAUAACCAAACAAGGUGGAUUGUUAACUCCUUCUAUGGCAUUCGGAGAUGUAUUGUUAGAUAGAUUAAAUAGAUCUGGUAAUUUCCAGAUUACAAGUGAAAUCGUAGAUACUAGUGAUAAUAGAAAGAUCGAUUAG